AUGAAGCCCACAGCUGCUCUUCUCAGAACCCCCCGAAAGGAGCCUCUGAGCGCAGAGCCUCCCCGACAGAGAGUGGUACCCCACCUCGCACUUGUCCAGCGUUAUCAUGGGAUGCAGGGCUCUCUGACUGAGUGCCUGCUCUGUUAUGGGUUCAUUGGGCUGGUAUGUGGCAGGAAUCUUUGGAUCAAGGAGUGGGAACUGGUGGUGUUGGGGAAGUUGAAGUGGAACUUGGCAGCAGUAACGCCGAACGACUUCAUCGAGCACAUUGUGAGGAGGCUGCCGCUGCCCGAGGAUAAGCUGGCACUUAUACGCAAACAUGUCCAGACCUUCAUCGCCCUAUGUGCCACAGAUUUCCGAUUCGCCAUGUACCCCCCCUCCAUGAUUGCAACAGGAAGUGUGGGGGCAGCGAUCUGCGGCCUGCAGCUGGAUUCAGCUGACCAGUCACAGUGGGGCGACAGUCUGACAGACCUGCUGGCUAAAAUCACAAACACAGAAGUGGACGUCCUGAAAGAGUGCCAGGAGCAGAUUGAGCGUGUGCUGGUGAGCAGCCUGCGAGAGGGCCGGCAGCAGCAGCAGCAGCAGCAGACUCAGAGGGGCCCCAGCGGGAAGGGCCUGGACGAGCUGGACCAAUCCACCACUCCCACAGACGUCCGCGAUGUCAACUUGUGAAACACCAGAGGGCGUCGUUGCACAGGAUUUACAAAAGAAAAAAGCAUCAUGAAAAAAAACCUCAAUUUUCUUAAAAGCAGAAAAAAAA